AUGUUCUUCUCCAAACCUCAACCUCGUUCGCGACUUCUCAAGUUCGCAAUUUUAAUUUCCCUAUUCACUAUCAUUUGGAAUGUAAUUGAAGGUGUCAUUUCAAUAAUUUUUGGAAGUGAUGUAAAUUCGGUGAGUCUCGUCUUUUUUGGCGUUGACUCUUUUGUCGAAGUUGUCUCAGCAAGUUUGGUCCUUUGGCGUUUCAUCACCGAAUCAAAACCUCACAAAGAAUCAGCCCAAGGUUAUUUAAAAACGAACCUCGACAAAGAAAGAAAAGCUACAUUAGGAAUAGGAAUACUAUUUGUGAUUCUAGCACUGGGAACAUUUUCUGAUGCUAUAAUUUCUUUGAUUCGACAUAAUCACCCCGAAACUGGGAUUGCGGGGUUAAUAAUUUCGAUUAUUUCAUUAUCGUUUAUGGGAUUUCUUUAUUUGUCGAAAAAGAAUUUAGCAAAAAAUCUUAAUUCCUCAACGAUGGCUUCAGAGGCUCAAUGUUCCUUGGCUUGUAUAAAAAUCACCGUGGUAGUUUUUUUGGGAAGUAUAUUAUAUGUGAUUUGGAAAGAUGGAUGGUGGUUGGAUUCUGCUGCGGCGUUGAUCUUGGGACUGUUUUUUGUGAAAGAAGGGGUUGAGAUGAUUAUAUGGGCAAGAAGCAAAAAUUUUAGUGGCGGGUGUUGCAAAGGUGAAGAAUCUAAAGAUGCAGAAAAUGUGAUUCUUUGUUCAAACUCUUCGGGGUGUUGCAAAGGUGGAGAAUCCAAAGAUGCAGAAAAUGUGAUUGUUUGUUCAAACUCUCCAGGCUGUGAAAUCAAAAUUGUUUGUUCAAAUUCUCCGGGUUGUGAACUCGAAACUGGCAUUAAACAACAAGAGACCGAAACGUCCAAAAGCGAAACUGGCGUUAAACAGCCAGAGGCCGAAACGUCCAACAAUGAUACCUCGGAAAAUCAACGAGAUAUCGAAGAGACCAUUAAAACGGGCAAUAAAGAAAUUUCCGCUUGUAGAUGUUGUAAAAAUAAAUAA